AUGAGUUCCAACGGGAAAUCCGCAUUAUCUGGUGAUUCCUCCUCGGAGAAACCAAAAAGCGUUCAGGCUGAGUACUAUUCCGGACCGAUCAACCCCAUCGACACACCCUUUGUCUCUUCCAGCCACUCAAUCGGCGAGCCCCACUCGAAGCAAGCCAAAGUAGUAGCGUCGGUCUCCUCCGGUCUGACAAAACUCGGCGUACCUGAUUCGAAGAAACCCAGUGCUUUGAGCCGUGAGAUGUUUGAUAAAUGGGAGGCUCAAAAAUGGUGGGGUGAGAAUUUUGAGAAGGUCAUGGAGUUAUACAAUGUGCAGCAACUUAAUCAGCAGAGUGUCCCGGUUCCAACCGCUCCUCCUAGAUCCAAAGAUGAGAGCUGCAGCAAGAACAGUCCUGAAACUCCACCUCUAAACAAAGAAUGUCCUGGAAGAAAAGGCUUACUCGCGGCUAACCAAGCAAGAACACAAACACAAAGUCGGUACCACCGUGAUUCGUCUGGUCUUGCAACGACGCCAAAGCUUUCUAGCAUAAGUGGGACCCGAACUGAGACAUCAUCGGUUGAUAUGUCUGCAAGAAGUAGUGGCUCAUCAAGGGAAGAAGAAGAAGAUGGAGAUUAUUCAAUGGAGGUAUCGGUAAGUAAUGCAAGUGACAUGGAAACAGAAUGGGUGGAACAAGACGAAGAUGGUGUUUAUAUCACAAUCAGAGCUUUACCAGAUGGGACUCGUGAGCUUAGACGUGUUCGCUUCAGGUAAAAAAACAAAAACUCAUUACCCUUUCUGUUGCUAAGAAAAGCACUUUACAGCAUAUGGUUCCUGUUGUUGUUGUUGUAGCCGAGAUAGGUUUGGAGAAAUAAAUGCAAGAUUGUGGUGGGAAGAGAACAGAGCUUGGAUUCAACAGCAGUACUUAUGAUGAUGCUCUCUGCAACAAGAAUCUGACAAAACACAAUCAAAAAACUUUUUAAUUUAUUUUUCAAAAAAUGUUUUUACUUGUAGAAGAGCUGUACAUUUUGAUGGAAUAAUACAACUUUUGGUCCAUACCUUACAUAUGAAUUGGACAAUUCACUAUGAUUUUAUUUAAACUAGAGUUGAUGCAUAUUCUAUUAUAUUUUUUAAUGACUAUACAAAAACCUAAUGAAGAAUUUCACAAUAACCGAACAAAUAUGGGAAACCGUAUUCUUCGAUUUAUGUCACCAUAUGAAGAAAUUCUUCACGUAUGAAGAAACCUUAUGAACAAAUUCUUCAUAAGGUAAAGAAAUUUUGAUUCUUUAUUCUUUUUUUUGUAACUGAGUAAUAAUUUCAUUUAUUCGUCUCUGUUUGUUUUACCCUAUUAGGUAACCUAAUUGGCUUGACUAAAGAGCAGAUAGAUGAUCCAAGUUUAUAUCACAUCACUGUUCAGAAGAAGAGUGAGACUUCAGAGGGAAAUCAGAAGAAGAAGAAAAGCAAGAUCAGGGAGGGAAAUCAGAAGAAGAAGAGUGAGACUACAUAGGGAAAUCAGAAGAAGAAGAAGAGCAAGACCAGGGAAAGAAAUUAGAAGAAGAAGAAGAGCAAGACCAGGGACAGAAAUCAGAAGAUGAAGGGAGUAGAAAUCUCUUUCUGAGGAGAAGGCAUGCUCUUCAUGAUAUUAAUAACUUGUGUGCAAUGCAACCCUUCUUUUCUUUUGUCUGGAUAUUAAAUGUGUUAUGCUGUUUUUGUGUGGAUGUUUACCAGCAACUCAAGACAGAUCAAAAUCUACAUUCCAGCAAUUUGUUCACAGCUAUUCCUAUAGUGGAUCAAAAUCCAAUCUUAUAUACACAUCGAAUAUUCUUGAGGUUUUUCAAUAGUGUUGAAGUCCAUCAGCUCUACCAACUGUACCUCUGUAAUUCCUCUUUUCUACGAUGCUUCUCUCCUGAAUAAUAAAACCAUCACCAGUCUCAAUCUAGCUAACACCUGCUUCUUUCUUUAACCACAGCUAAAUUGCAAUAUUUUAAUUUUUAAUUUUAACCACAAUGCAAAAUUUUUUUUUUACUUUGUAAUAAUUAUUUUGAUCACCAACCCAUUCUGAGAAAAUAGCAGUAUUAUACAAAUACGAGUAUGACAUUAUUCAAACUAAUUAUAUAUAAUGCAAAUACAUCAACUUAGAUGGAGAGGAACAAAAGAAAUCAAAAGAUAAAUGUCCUAAUAUCCUUAAAAGUUAUAAAUUUAAUGGGUUUCAAGCCAAAAGAAACAUUACCAAAAAAAAAUUAAAAAGACUGUUAAUUUAAAAUUUAUUUUAAGUAAACUUAAAUAAAUGUGGUAAUAAAUAUAAUCUUUCAGUAAAAAAAUAAAUAUAUUCAUAUUAAACUAAUUUUAAAUCAUUUUAAUAUGUUUAUUUAUCGGGUGAUAUAUAAUUUACAAUAAUAAAAUAACAAAAAUUUUAAUAGUGAAAUUUUAAGAUAAAGAAUAUAUAUAUAUAUAUAUAUAUAUCUUAACUAAUAAUUUAGUUAACUUUUUAUUAAUCUUACUAAUACCCUAUAUAAAAUUUGAAUAAAAACAAGAAAUUAUUUCAAAUAGUUUUAAAUUUGUAUUUACUUUUAUAAGUCUAUAACCAGUUCCAGUUUAUAUCAUAUUGUUUAUUUACAGAAUACAUAUAAAAAUUAAACUAAAUUAAUAUUAUAGAAAAAAAUCCGGGCGUAGCCCGGAAAACCCCUUAGUAUAUAUAAAGAGUGAUAAAACAUCGAGAUCUAUCAUGUAGAUUCAAAUUUAUUAUAUGUACGUAGAUUAAUUGUUGGGAUAAUUGGCAAAAUGUGACAUUUUGAAUUUUUGUUUGUCUAAAUAUGAUUAUUUGUACAUUUGGUCAUUUUGGACAUGUUUUACCCUUUUGUAAUGGCACAAAUAGUAAACUAAGUUUUAAAAAUUGGGAAAAUAUGGAAACCAUUGGAAAUAUUAGUAUGACUAUUUAUAUGUUUAAAUUUUAUUUUUAAAAAUAGUGUAAUCAUGUUUUAUUUAAUGUUCUAGCACAGAUAUAAUACUCAUUCUAACCAUCUACCUAGUCUACAAAUCGUAUAGUAAGUUUACACACAGAUUUAUCCUGGGUAGAGAAUACAAACAAAACUUUCUUCUUAUUCUACUAGAACUAGAUUACGUCAGCUAGUAUUCUAACGAGAUGUCUUUAGUCUACUUGUUCUUUUAUUACAACUUAUAACCUCGACUCUGUGAAAUACCUUUAUUUUUUUAUGUGUCAGAACUUUUUCUGCCUUUCACGUUAUCAUACGCGUAGGGAAGAAUAAACAUCAUACCCUCUCUUCAGUGCUCUGCUAUACGUACAAUACAUAUUAUAGGAAAAUCACGGAAAAUAUGGAAACUUCCAUAUUUCGAUAAAUACCUUUCCUAAAUCUAAACUAAAUUUACCUUAAGUUUCUCGUAGUAUCUUCUCGUCUCUCGUAGUAUCUUCUCUCAGAGAUCAAAAAAUCAUCAAAACUGCUUUUUCCUUCACUCGAACCCGAGUUAUUCAAGAGAAAAAUACACACGCAAGCCACUAUACCACACAUGAUUUACGCUACUUUGGUAUGUAUACCAAGUUUAUAUACUAUCAAGUAUAUUUUGAUCCUUGAAUUUUCUUAUAACAGGGUCAAAAGUGCACGUUUGGAAGUUUAAGGCAAAAUCAUAAAGACAUUUUUGUAAAUUCGGAAGAAUGAGGCAAACAUUACACAGAGAAUUCAUGGACCAAAGCUGAAAAUAGGAAUACUGACUGGUCUAGAUUGGACAACUGAAAGUUUUGGAAUUAAUUUGAGAAGCAAUAUGUACAAAAAGAAAGUUAUGGGACAAAUCCGUGAUUAGUCAAACAUUUGAGGACAUGUCUUGCAAAAUUACCCAAACUGGCCAUUGUUACUUUUCGAGAAGCUUUCCUUCGAUCCACGACUGCAAGGGCAGAUUCCAAUGUAACAGAGACAGUGGAGUGAAGCAGAGAGCACGACGAGAUUGGAGCCUUCGGAUAUGAGACGGAGGAGUGACAUCACGAGUUGAUGCCGUGGAGGAAGCUUGGUUGCAGCAAUUGGAACAGAGCAUGACCACGAAAUCGACGAGACGAAACCGACACGAAGCACAGAGCACAGUGGUGAGGAGCUAAAGAAGACGACCUCCAGUCGGAAUGAGCAAUAUCUCUUCCGUGGAUGUUUUUUUUCUUCUUUUUUUUAUUUUUUCCUUUUUAAUGAAAACUUAAAUCAAUUACAAAUUAUUAAUAUUAAUUAGGUUAAUCCCUUAUAUAUUAAAGGAGAAGCAUUGUAAUAAAUGCGUUCAUACUAAACUGGACACAUGUCACGUAUAGAAGCAUUGUAAUAAAUGCGUUCACACUAAAAUGAAUACAUGUCACGUGUAGAGAGCUUCUCAGCUGAACUCUACAUAAACAUGUUCACACUAUGUACUUUACGUUUUUUAAUAUAAAACUCACAUGCAUGGUUCUUCUUUACGUUAUUUUUACUGUUUACGAAUAGAGUUGGACAAAUUAUUCAGAAAUUUUGAUUCGAUUCGUUAUCCAUUUUGAUUCAAACCGAAAAAUCUGGAUAUCCGUUACUCUAUGAAGCAAAUCAAAUACUAAAAUGCAAUGUCCGUAAAAAAAAAAAGCAAAUCACAAAUAUCAAUAUUUAUAGGAACAUAUAUCCAAUUUGAUCAGUUAUAUACAUAUAUAUAUAUACAUAUAUUUAAAGAAUUAUAUAUAAGUUAUAGAUAAAUUUUACAGUAUUUUGUUUUUAAAUAAUUUCAUUUUAAGAAUUUUAUUUUUCAUGUAUUAUUUUGAAAAAAAAUAUCAUUUAAUAUUAAUUAACAGUAUCUUUAUAUAUUUAUCAACCAUAUUUAUAUACUUUUACAUACACAUAUAUGUACACAUUGACGUGAACACCUUAUAACUAAGUAUUUACCACAACUGAAAUAUCUAAUUUUUUUGAAAGUUAAAAUAUUAUUUUUUUUAUUGCUUCUUUCACUAUCGACCAAAUUGCAGUAAAAUGAUUUGUCUUAAUAAUUUUCUUUUCUUUUUUUUUUUAAAUAUUAUCCGUUUAGAAACUAUAAUAUUAAACCAUUGGUUCGACAUCACGACUCUCUAAGAUUCAUAACAUGAAAACAAACAAAUAAUAGUAAUUUUUGAUUGUCACAGAAAAAAAAACCAAAACAUCAAACAUUUUAACCGAACAAACCAAAUAAAUGUUGAUUUAAAAUGAUAGUUAUAUUUUAGGAGAUUAAAUACCAAAAACAACCUAAAACUAAACGGAUAUCCAGAUUAAACAAAUUAAUGUCUCCUUAUUAAAAAAUAACGAAACUAAUAAUCACAUUCUGCGCAAGGCGCGGAUUAUUACCUAGUUGAAGGGUAUAAUAGUAUUAAAGAGAAUAUAAAUUCUAAUUACCUAAAUAAUCUUCUACAAGUUUUAUUGAGACAAACCUAAGUUGAAAGUGUUUUUUUUUUUCAAUUUUCCCUUGAUUGUUUUGCUUUGUUUUAUUGGUUUUGUGUGCACUUAAAUCAAUAAUGGUUUACUCUAGAUAUUAGGAACGUGUCUAGUUAAUUGAAUAGCCAUGUGAUGUGUAUGAGCAAGUGGGUCGGUAAACAUAAUAAUUAACAAGAAAACAAUCAAGAAAAAUGAAUAGAGAUUUCAUUUAAAAUAAAUAAAGAAAUUCUGAGUUAUAUCUUUCUAUCAACUUUAUUUUUUAUUUUUUCACUUUGUUGAUCUUAUUAAACAAAAGCUAAAAGCCCAAAAGUACCGGAAAAAAAGGAGGCUAUACAAAACCCACAAACGAAGUCCAACUGGCCCAAACAAUAAAAAAACUUUAUUACAAUAAUUGUUUUUGCUACAUAUCACUAUUGCAAUAUAGCUGUUUUCUUGUAGUGCUCGUUUUUACCGUCAUUCGUGGUAUCAAAAAUCUUUUAUGAUAAUUUUCUAUAAUUAACUGUAUAAAUUUUGGCUAUUAAAACAUUAUUUUGACGUAUAUAUUGUAUAAAUUAAUGUAUAAUUAAUUACUUUAAUUAUUUAUAUAAAUAUUACUUGAUCAAUAUAUUUUUUCUUAACGUAGUUAUUAAUGAAUAAUUAAAUCUAUUUUAAGUCAUGUUAAUCUACUUAAUAAUGUGUCUAAUUCGACUCAAUAAAUUUAAGUUUUAAAAUGAAAUUAAAACACAAAACUUGUUUAGUGAUCAUAGUUGCUAAUGACUAAAUAGAUCUAUUUUAAGUUAUGUUAAUCUACUUAACAAUGUGUCUAAUUUGGCUCACUCAACACAAGUUUAGGAUUCAUAUUUAGUGUGAUUAACUUCUGCUGUACGGCAUUUUUGUUGCCAAAAGCAUGUCUGAAUGAAAUAUAAAGUCUUUGUAGUGCAUUUCUGUGGUCUGGUUCACCUAACGAUCAUCUUAAGGCAAAAGUAUCUUGGGAUGAGCUCUAUCUUCCUCAGUGGGAAGGACUUUGGGAAUUGGGAAGCUGAGGGGUGCAUCUAAAGUCUUUGCUUUACGGUUUAUCUUGAGAUUUUUCUCUUUAUCAGGGUCUCUAUGGGUCGCUUGGGCUCGGAUUGAAUUGAUGGAAAUGGGAUCAUUCUGGGAUGUAAAGGAAUCAAACAAGGACUCUUGGCUUUGGCGUAAACUACUUAAACUUAGACCUGAGGCUUUUUCAUUUAUGAUAUGAGAAAUUCGUAAUGGUGAGUCCACUUUUUUCUUGUUCGGUGACUGGUUAGGUGCAGGAAGAACUAUUGAUGCAACAUGGGAGUUGGGGCUGCGAUAUCUCGGUGGUCCUCGUCAUGCAAGCGUUUCUGAGGCCUGCGCUAAUGGAAUUUGGACCAUGAGGAGUCGUGGUAGGAGAGUUUUCUCUACUAUGUACGAAAAAAUGAGAGUGCUCAGAGACCUGAUGCGAAUUUGGGAAUGGACGUCAUUCUUUGGAGACAUAAGGAUGAUGAGUAUAAGGAUCACUUCUCUACUGUGAGAACUUGGGAACAGAUUAGAGUGAGAGGUCAGAAAGUCCCUUGGUAUCAACUUCUUUGGUAUCUUCAAGGAGUUCCACGGCAUGCUUUCAUUGUCUGGUUGGCUUUUAAAGAUAGGUUAUCCACUGGUGUACGAAUGCGAAAAUGAGGCAUCAUUCAAGGUUGUAUGUUAUGUGGAGAAAGAGAAGAGAGCAGAGAUCACUUGUUUUUUGCUUGUCAUGUCACGUUUACUAUCUGGUCUUCCUUAACAGCUAACAUCCUGAGAUCCUCUGCAUCACCGGACUGGAAUAACACGGUGACAUCACUGAAGCGGCUUCACCGAAACAAGAUGGAUAUCAUACUACUGCGACUGGCGUUUCACACUACUAUAUAUCUGGUAUGGAGAGAACACAAUUCACGUAGACAUCAAGGACCUUCGCUGACCACAGAAAUUAUGAUACGACAUAUAGAUAAAUCCAUUAGCAAUAGGAUUUCUUCUUUGAAGUACACCGGGAAUCAUUAAUUAGCAGGACUACUUCGCCGUUGGCUGGAACUCUAUACUCGUUGAUGUUCAGAGGGGUUUAUAUUUUUUACCUUUCUUUGCAAACAAUUCUAGAGGUCUAGUCUUCACUUUCUAUAUGUAAAUGCCCAUCCAUUCUUUGAUUAAUCAAUAUAAGAUUUAAUCAAAAAAAAGUUUAGGACUUAUAAUGAAAUUAAAUACAACUUGGUUCUUUAAAUUGUUCAAACGAAAAAUGGUGCUUAUAGUGACCAAAAUUUUAAAAUAUUCAAACUUUUUAUGACUAUUUUCCCUUUCUUCAAACCAAAGCGAACAUAAUGAUAUCGUUUUGUUUGAAAAUAAUUUUUAACUACUAAUUAACUCUAUUUCUAAGUUCUAUUAGUUUACUUAACGACAUGCCUACUUUGGAUAGUCAGCAAAAUUUGGGGGAUUUAAAAUGAAAGUCAAACAUAACUUGGUGUUUUAAGUUGUCUAUGCAAAAAUUGAUAAUUUAAAUGGCCAAAAAAUUUAAAGUUGGGAUUUUAUAUGACCAUUUUCCCUUUCAAGUAUAUAUUACAUUUUUAUUCAAUCCUUACUUAACCACUAUAUUAAAUAUUUAAUCUUUAGUAUAAAUCAUAUUCAAUAAAACCUAUUUAAACAGAGGUUACAAGCCUUUUCAUGCAUGAUUUUUAAUGUUGGAUCAUCAAUUAAUUAUUUGUUAAAUAUAUCUUUAUUAACUUAAUAAUAUAGGGAUAAUUUGAAAAAUAGCCUGUUUGUAGUUUGAAAUUUGGAGAAUAUACUUUUAUUUUGAAGUUUUGAAAACUAUACUCUUUGAAACGUGAUAAGACAUUUUAAUCCAAAUUUGAAUAAAAAGUAUACGGUCUCUGACAACUAAAAUACAUAUUUGAAUACUGUUAAUGUUUAUAUGAUAAUACACUUUUUGUGAUUUCAUGUACCUUCGUAAAUUCUCGCAGUAGCUAGGAAUUUUUUUUUUAUCAGAACAUCAUCAAAGUAUAGAAUUGGUGCUAGUAGCUUAUUGAAUGUAUGUGCUUAUUUACUUCAUUCUGUCAAUUUCAGAGGAAAUGUAUCCUAAGUUAUUGUGGACAUUGAGUUGUGUUCAUGUAUGGUGUGCUAAGCAUUUUAUACAUGCUUUGGGAACUUGCUUUGACGUCUCUGAGAUACAGAGAACUGGAACGCAGAAGAUCCAUCACUCAUGAAACACAUAAAAACAUAUACAUAGAUCAUUGUACUGUAUAAAGGAUAUUACUUUUGAUGUCUUCUGAAUCUAAAGAAAAACAAAAGACUAUAGAAAGUUUAUUCGGACUUUCUGUCAAUUGAUGUAGUAAUAACCGUCACCUUAACAUGAUAAAGCUACACACCUCUAGAUGUUGGCUAGACAAAGAGACGAUGUCAACAAGAUUACAUGACGAGAAUAUACAAAAUCAAAUUACAUCCAAAAACAUUGAUACAAAAUAAUACACAUAUAAGCGCUACAAAAAUGGGGAACUAGAGGAAGAAGAAGAUGAUACAAAUAAAUGGAUACACAGAAGAAAUAUUGGGAGAAAUAAGGAGAUAGAGAUGAGAUAAUGGAAAGUGUCAUUUUAGUAUUUUUAUCAAAAUAAAUGCAAAAUAUAGUAUUACGUAGAUUUAGGAGUAUUAUCUAAAAGAUAAUAAUCUGUAAAAUAAUUAUAUAUAUUCAGAUCGGACAAUUUAGUUAUUUAACAUAAAUAAAAGUGUAUUUUUCAAGAAAGAUAAAUCAAGGUGUAGUUUUCAAAAUAAAAUCUCAGAUAAAUGUAUUUUU